UCAUUCGCUGAGCGGGCGUAUGUAUUCAUUCUUUCACUCGCGCAGUAAUGUCCUACUUCGUCUUCUUCUCAUCUCUCUCUCUCUAAACCCAAAAUCAGUUUCAAUCCUGUUUACGACAUCAACCUUUAUCGCAGCGAACUCUCAAAGACCACAACAUGGCCAACUUCGAUGGGCCAGGGUUUGCGAUGGUUGACGGUUACUGGAUCCAGACCAAAGCCAUAGACGUCGAAUCAUCAACCGACAUCUCUCCGUACCUCUCCCGUCUCCUAGAAGACUGCGUCUGGAACGGCAACAGAGCCAUCGUCUUCGACCUCUACUGGGACGUCACCAAAUCCGCCGACGCGAAGUCAGAGUGGCGUCUCUCCUCGGUGAAGCUGAGCACCAAGAACUUGUGUCUCUUCCUCCGCCUCCCGAACCCGUUCACCGACAACCUCAAGGAUCUCUACCGCUUCUUCGCUUCCAAGUUCGUCACGUUCGUCGGCGUUCAGAUCCAAGAAGACCUUGUCUUGCUCAAGGAGAAUCACGGGAUUGUGAUCAGGAGCUCCUUGGAGAUUGGGAAGCUUGCUGCGAAAGCGAGAGGGACUCCGAUCGUUGAGUUCCUUGGGACGAGGGAGUUGGCUCAUAAGAUACUUUGGUAUGAUAUGAGCAGGCUCGAUUCGAUUCAGUCCAAGUGGGAUGAAGCUGGGGGGAAUGAUCGUCUUGAAGCUGCGGCUAUUGAAGGUUGGCUUAUUUAUAGUGUUUAUGAUCAGUUGCAGCAGUGAUGUGUUGUUCUUGAUCUUAUGGAUUUUCUGAGACUGCUUGCGCUUGAUAUUGAUUGCAGUUUGUGCAUUUUGAUCUCUUUGUUGGUUGUUAUGAGUGAACAAAAUAAUAAUGUACUGAAUAAAGAAAAAAAAACAUGUCGGGCUUGUUUUC